AAAUGGCGGACGGAGGAGCAGCGAGUCAAGAUGAGAGUUCAGGACCAGAUGCUAAAGUGAAUAUUCAGUCAGAAACUACUAAAUGUGCAAUGGAAAGUGGUGACGGGAACACCGGAAUCCAAAUCAAUGGGUUUGACUUUCAGAGGCAGACGGUGCCAACCACAAGUACAAUCACCAAUGCACAUGCACAAGCCCUCCUCCAACAGUCUAAGUCGGAAGACUCGAGUGCGCUUCCGACCUCCGUCCAGCAGAGCGUAUUGCCUCAAACCCAGCUAAUGUUGGCCGGGGGACAGAUUGCAGGAUUGACCCUGACCCCAGCGCAGCAGCAGAUGUUGAUCCAGCAGGCCCAAGCUCAACUCCUGGCUGCAGCCGUGCAGCAUUCAGCUAACCAGCAGAACAACACCACUGGGGCCAGCAUCUCGGCCUCCGCAGCCACACCCAUUACCCAGCUGCCCCUGUCACAGCCCAUCCAGAUCGCUUCUCAGCUACAGCAGCAGAAUUUAAGUCUGCCUCAGUUUGUUCUGGUGCAGCCUGGCCACCCGAUCGCCACACAACUGCAGCAACUGCAGCCCGCUCAGUUCAUCAUCUCACAGACACCGCAUGGCCAACAGGGCAUAUUGCAAGCCCAGAGUCUUCUAACUCAACUACCUCAAAGCCAAGCUAACCUCCUGCCGACUCAACCAUGCAUCACCCUUGCAACUCAGCCUGCCACUCCAACCCGCACAACAGCAGCCACACCUAUUCAGUCCCUGCCCCACAGUCAGACACCACCCAAACGGUUGGAUACCCCCACUCUGGAGGAGCCUAGCGAUCUGGAGGAACUGGAACAAUUUGCCAAGACCUUCAAACAGAGGCGUAUCAAACUGGGCUUCACGCAGGGCGAUGUUGGCUUGGCCAUGGGGAAGCUGUAUGGAAACGACUUCAGCCAAACUACCAUCUCUCGCUUUGAGGCCUUGAAUCUGAGCUUUAAGAACAUGUGCAAACUCAAGCCAUUGCUGGAGAAGUGGCUCAACGAUGCAGGUGUGUCCCUGACCCCUGAAACCGCAGGUUUGGUCCUCCACACACUGUCGACCAUCUCAUCCCAUCGCUCUCCGUCUAAACACAUCGACUGUUCCAUCUCCUCCACAGCUCUGGCAUCGGGUGGCACGAUCCCCAUCACUUCUCUGGAUGGCGGCAACCUGCUUUUCGCCAACACUUCUGCUGGUAACACGCCCAACCUGGUGACCACGCCGCUCUUCCUGAACCCCCAGAACCUGUCGCUGCUCACCAGUAACCCCGUCAGCCUGGUGUCGGCCGGGGCGGGGGGGCUGCAGGUCACUGCUGAUGCUCAUCAUCAAACAACCAAGGCUGCUGUGCCUGUGCAAGCCUCGACCAUUACCACUGCCUCUAAGGCUCAGUGAAGCCAGUCUGGCUGCAUCCUGAAUUAACGCCCUAUUUCUUAUGUCGUGCACUACUCCUUUCACACCAUGUAGGGAAUAGGGAGGUCUUUUGAUAUAGGCUCUGCGCUUCACUAACCACCCCACAUUCUUUCUAUUGUAUCUAUUAUUAUUAUUUAAUCCUUUUGCUGCCACCAAAAAGAAAACGACCUCAAAUGAGGUUGAGGUUGACUUUUAAUUUUUUAGUGUUUUUUUCCUUUAUGAUUCUUGGAUGUUUAUUUUCCCACAAACAGUAGCCCGAUGGACACUGCUGUUGGCCUGCCGCUCCUCGUGAACCUUGAAAAGUGUCCAGGAAGACAAAUAUCCUCGGCACCAUCAAGAUAUUCGCAUU